GAGCCGAUGUACACCUUCUGGAGUUACUGUAUUUACUAACAACGAAACAGGUAUUAUGUCAUUAUAUUUCGUCCACUUAUGCUGCACAUAGCGCGGACCGUCGGCGGGACGGUGUUCACGCGACGUUUUGUGAACCGUGCGGUGACAUUCACUCUUGGCUUUAUUACAUCGUAUGCAUUUACCAACCCUGAUCUGGAUCGAGUGUGGGAGGUCCCGCCAGCAUUUAUUCAGAGAGAUUACGCGUUUCUCUCCUUCUACGAAGUUGAAGAAAAAAACCGAGAGGAAUUCGAAAAGAACAUUAAGUGUCUGACUCGAUAUCUGCAAACCCAGGAAGGCUAUGGCAACACUCAGCUCGUAAGAAUAGAUAAAAAGGAGAAUGGCGGGCCCCUAGAUAAGUACCAGUACGUAGGAGUGCAGACCUGGUUCAGCCCGGAUCUGAUGAAGAAAGCAGUGAGCCUUUCAUUCUCUCAAAGAAUGAUUUCCAAGCUGCCAUUGAUGUCUCCUUUUAAAAGUAUAAUGUACAAAAUUGUAGUGGAUGACCGUGAUUUCGUACACAAUGGCUAAAAUCAGU